CCGCUUAACACCUUGCCAGGACAUUCUAUACCCGGCAGAUUUGCUGUAGUAUCUGGCUACGCUGGUGGACUCCUAUAUAAAGCUCUCACUCUUCCAGGCUGUGAUCAUUUCAGGCUUAUAUUUUUUUGGCGAAUUCUUGCUUCCCUGACAUCUCUGAGAGCAAACCGUGUUGUGAUGAGACUUUCGCGUCCGACCAUGGACUCGCUUGCUAUCUUCUGCGUCAUGUGGUUGGGUUCCACGACGCUGAUGUCGCGAACUAAUGCUCAAAAUCCUGAGCGUACCAAUCCGGUGACGCAGCGAAUUAAUGCUCAAAAUCCUGUACCUGAUAUACCUGAAACAUGCAUGACGGAGUGGCUGAGACUCGCAUUUCCCAGUAAAGACUUCGCCGAUUUGGGGACGUAUGAAAGGGCACUGCGGGCGUUCGAGACUCCCGUGGACUCCGACUCCAUUACGAGGACCAGUCCGUUCCUAUUGUCUCUUGUGUUCGGUGGAGAGGAGAAGGCGAGUAACUUCUCCCAAUGCACGGAUGAAGGCUGCACCCACCCAAUGCCAUGCAAACACGGAGGAUUUUGUAUCUACGCUGACGUCGCACUGGCUGGCAGUAAUGGGAGCGCACAGGCGAAGGAAUACCAAUGUGCUUGCAACCCUGGCUAUGCUGGAUUGUUCUGUGACAACGUGCUCUCGAUCUGUGCCAUUGGCAAUCCAUGUCAGAAUGGCGGGACGUGUCAGACUAUUGGACAGACAGGCUAUCGCUGUAGGUGCAAACAGCCAUUUCGUGGUCGAUACUGCCAAACGUAUUGGCCACAAGAGCUGCGGUCAGCCGGAUUUGAGAGUAGAGGAUUUCCUCAGCUUCCAAACCAGGGAGGAGCGAACCCGCCGACCAUUGCCGGUGACCAUGCGCAAGCUCUGUCAAUGUUCAAGGCAUCGCUCAAAUCCACACUGGAUGAGAAGCUCGCACACAUCGACGCGUUACUCGAUAGCAAAUUUGAGGAGCUAGACGAAUUGUCUCUUCGUCUCGGUCAAAAUGUAAUCAACUCAUUCCCAAUGUCAUGUAAAGAUCUCCAGAAAUCCAAAGAAAACGUCUCCCUGCCAUCCGGCUAUUACAUGAUCCUGUCACACAAAGGCACCUUCAUUAAGGUGUAUUGCGAGAUGGAACGCUAUGGAGGCGGAUGGACGCGGAUUGCCUACAUAAAUCCAAGAGAGCAACAGCGAUGUCCUGGAACCAUGCGCUUCCAAGAUUUGGAAGUACCGAUAUGCACAAGACCAAUCACCCAAUCUGGAUUGUGCUCCUUGGCAACAUUCCAUGCUUUGCCUGGCGAAUACAGCGAAGUCAUAGGGUUCGUCACUGGAUAUCGUGAAAACACUCUGGAUGGAUUCGAUGCACUCGACAGUGUCGGGUUAAAUAGCUUCUACGUGGAUGGUGUCUCUGUCACCUAUGGUUCUCCUAUGCGUCAUCUAUGGACUUACGGAGCUAGUGGUCAUCGUACCUGUCCAUGCAGCCCGGGCGUUCGACCUCCAUCAUUUGUUGGAAGUCACUAUUAUUGCGCUGACCAUGAGCGUGUUGGGGGAUCCUGGACAUUCACUCCGGCUGCACAUGCAUGGAGCAACACCAGUCAAUGCCGCGCUAGUGGUACAUGUUGUGACAACACAGACAUGCCGUGGUUUCACCGUCAACUGGACACCAGUACCUCUGAUCAAGUACAAAUACGCAUUUGUGCAAAUCAGGCCAGUUCAGAUGAAGAUGUUGGCAUUGAUGAAGCCGCUAUCUUCGUUAGAUAAAUUCUGCUUUUGAUCUCAGCAAAGGGUUGAAUCAGUGGUAGCCAUUGUAUGUUGUUUUAACGUCAUAAUUAUGCUCUGAUAAUCACAGUGAGGAAUCCGGCCACAAAGCCUGCACAAAUACACAUGAAUAACAAAGACUGUUUGAAAAAGAUACUAAACACCAAUAGCUGCCUCGGAAACCGCCAGCGUGGCAGGAGGCUCUUGUCGAUUAAUUCUUUGUAGAUGUUUCCAAAUAAUGUUGUACACCCUCUAAGGCACACUAUACUGGCCCUUAGUAGGGCACAGGAAAUGCAGCACCUGACAAAUACCAUCUCACGCUGCUGAUGAGCGGAUUCCAUUUUUUAGAAUAAUUUUUACAUCUUUUGUUUCCUUUACUUUGUAGUCUCCUCGUAGCUGCUGAAAUCAUUCGCGCUCCUCAAUCUUUCACUGCCACCUUUUCCAUUCUUGCGCGCUUUAUCCUGUGUGUGGAAGAUCCUUGAUCACUUCCAGUACUCACCUAGUACCUUUUCUUACGAGUAGGUUGUGUGUUCAGUAAAAAAUUAAAAAAGCACCACAACACUUUCCUUUCUACUUCUCGCCAUUAUCAGCUGCAUUCAAGAACAAUGAAGAGUCCUUCGUUUUUCGGUUUCAAAGGCUGCAGCAGCUGUUUACAAGUUGCAACUAACAGGCCCACUAGUAAACCCUUCA